AGCUUGAAAACAAAGGGCUAGGAGGUGUGAGGCAGGCAAUAAGAGUUAGCUGCUGGAAAGAGUCAGGGUUCUCACUUGGAGUCUGACCAAGGAGGUCAGACUAAGGACAGGUCUUUACUACAGAUUUGUAUCAGCACAGCUGCAUUGGUGCAGCUGUGCCACUGUAGUGCAUCUGGUGAAGAUGCUCUAAGCUGACAGGAGAGAGCUCUCCCAUCAGCUUAAUAACUCCACCGCCGUGAGAGGCAGUAGCUGUGUCAGCAGGAGAAGCUCUUCUGCUGACAUAGCACUGUCUACAAGGGCAGUUAAAGUCGGUAUUACUAUAUCACUCAGGAAUGUGAAUUUUUCACACUCUUGAGCAAUGUAGUUAUACUGAAGUAAGUAAGUAGUGUAGACCAAACCUCAGGGCUUGUCUACAUCAACAGGCAGCAAUCGAUCCAGUGAGGAUCGAUUUAUCGUGUCUAGUCUAGAGGCGAUAAAUCGACCGCCAAGCAUUCUCCUGUCGACUCCAGUAGUCCACUAGGGCGAGAGGCACAGACAGAGUCGAUGGGACAGUGUCAGCCAUCGACUUACCGCACGGAAUGUUUUCAGUUUAUACUGCCAGCCCUACCUCAUGCCAUUGACCUUUUGCGGGAUGCCAUUGUAAAAGUAAAGGAGGUACACGACGAACUUGAAGACCUACCUUCACCGCCACCUCCUCUUUCUCCUCCUCCAACCACCAGCCCACACAAACAGACAGAAGACAAAGGUGUACAGUGCGAGGAAGAGGAGGAAGAGAAGAAGGAUAGUGGAGUUGCCUCAACAGAGGACAGUUCCUCUUCACAUAUAACUGCUGCAGCCAUUGCAGCUAAGAAGCAUCCAUCCUACACCAGUUCUGCUGUUAUCAUGGCAAAAGGUGAACAGCCCAUCCCGGGUCUCAUCUGUUAUUACCAUCACGCAGCAGGCAGUGCAGGAGAACCGAUUCCAGACUCCAUCAUUUCUCGUGGUGUUCAGGUGCUCCCACGAGACACAGCCUCUCUCAGCACUACUCCUUCAGAAUCUCCUCGUGCCCAGGCCACCUCUCGUCUCUCCACUGCAUCCUGCCCAACACCAAAACAAAUUAGACGGCCGGAUGAAAGCAAAGGAGUUGCUAGUAGAGUUGGAUCCCUCAAAGUCCAGUCCAGGUGCAGUAGCAAGGAGAACAUCCUCAGAGCCAGUCACAGUGCCGUCGACAUUACCAAGGUGGCCAGAAGACAUCGCAUGUCUCCAUUCCCAUUGACAUCUAUGGACAAAGCCUUCAUCACAGUUCUGGAGAUGACCCCAGUGCUCGGAACAGAAAUCAUCAAUUACCGAGAUGGAAUGGGCCGAGUUCUUGCUCAAGAUGUUUAUGCAAAAGACAACCUACCCCCCUUCCCAGCAUCGGUAAAAGAUGGAUACGCUGUCAGAGCUGCUGAUGGCCCUGGGGAUCGAUUCAUCAUUGGGGAAUCCCAAGCUGGUGAGCAGCCAACUCAGACUGUGAUGCCUGGUCAGGUAAUGCGGGUUACAACAGGAGCUCCAAUCCCCUGUGGUGCUGAUGCUGUGGUGCAAGUAGAAGACACAGAACUCAUCAGGGAAUCAGAUGAUGGCACUGAAGAGCUAGAAGUACGAAUUCUGGUGCAGGCUCGACCGGGUCAAGAUAUCAGACCUAUAGGACACGACAUUAAAAGAGGUGAAUGUGUGCUGGCUAAGGGAACCCACAUGGGUCCAUCGGAGAUUGGUCUCUUAGCGACUGUUGGGGUAACAGAAGUAGAAGUUAACAAAUUUCCAGUCGUUGCAGUCAUGUCAACAGGGAAUGAGUUGUUGAAUCCUGAGGAUGACCUCUUACCAGGAAAGAUCCGAGACAGUAACCGUUCAACUCUCCUAGCUACAAUUCAAGAACAUGGCUACCCAACAAUCAACUUGGGAAUUGUGGGAGAUAAGAAGCCAGAUGCUUUUAAAGAAGAAGGGACACAGAGCUUCCAGAACACAGCGGAGACAGGCCUACCAGAUUGCCCAGAUGAUUUACUGAAUGCAUUGAAUGAGGGUAUCAGCCGUGCGGACGUUAUCAUCACAUCAGGAGGCGUGUCCAUGGGUGAAAAGGACUAUCUUAAACAGGUGCUGGACAUUGACCUUCAUGCACAGAUUCACUUUGGCAGAGUUUUUAUGAAACCAGGCCUGCCAACAACAUUUGCAACUUUGGAUAUUGAUGGUGUACGAAAAAUAAUCUUUGCACUGCCAGGAAAUCCUGUAUCAGCUGUUGUCACCUGCAAUCUCUUUGUUGUACCAGCAUUGAGGAAAAUGCAAGGCAUCCUGGAUCCUCGGCCCACCAUUAUCAAAGCCAGGUUAUCAUGUGAUGUAAAAUUGGAUCCUCGCCCAGAAUACCAUCGGUGCAUACUGACUUGGCAUCACCAAGAACCACUGCCUUGGGCACAGAGUACAGGAAAUCAGAUGAGCAGUCGUCUGAUGAGUAUGCGUAGUGCCAAUGGACUGUUGAUGCUACCUCCAAAGACAGAGCAGUAUGUGGAGCUUCACAAGGGCGAGGUGGUGGAUGUCAUGGUCAUUGGAAGGCUAUGAUGUCACCAGCAAGAGUGAAGCUUUGAUGCAUGUCCACAUAUCAUUGACUGUAUCCUGUAAUAUGCAACGGCACAGCUAGUUUUUCUGAAUUGGAUAAAAGUUGAUCAGUAUAGUCAACAUCUUGAACUAUAUUUCAAAUGGAAUUUAAAUAAAUACCUUUUAAAAAAACUUUAAAAAAACAAAUCUUAACAAAGAAAUUUAUUCUGAUUAUAUCAAAGCAACUUUUUCCUUUCUUGCAAUUGCUUUGUGUGUUCAAUGCUAGUUCUGAUAGCAGUAGCUUUUAGUAGACAGCAGUAGGUGCCUGCAGAACUUGUGUUUUUUCUCAUCUUUAAGAUACAACUACUUAUGCUCUUAAAACAAGGCUGUCUGCUUAUUUAUACUAGCGUAGACAACACUUGGAUUUCCCUUAUUAGUAUGCUUCAUAACUGCUUCACAGAGAGCUUCUGCUUGUUCUUUAUCUUGUAUCUCGUGUUGAUGUGCACAGUGCCAAAAGCAGAGUGGCUGCACUGGGAACCCGACCAAGCCCCGAGGUUUCCCCCCUCGCUGUGCGUUCAGGGAUAUCUCUCGGCCCAGCAGCCACCCGGCUCAGUACUCUUGGGCAGUAACUGGAUACCUUUUAUUUGAACAACAACAAAAAUUGCUUCCUUAAGUGCUGACAGCCUUUUUAACCAAUACAUUUAAAGAUGUACAGAACUAAAACCUAAAAAAAAAAAAUCAAAGACUGAUCUUGUACAGAUAUUAAUGUUACCAGCAUUCAUGUGGAAAUCAAAUGAGCAAAGAAAUAAAACUAAUGUUAAACAACUCUGUACCAUAACAUUUUCUGUAAUGAU